AUGGCGGCCGAGGCAGAUCUAUCAGAGGGCCAUAUGGCCGACAUCAUUCGCGCGCUUGAGCUCAUUCACAGCCCCUCAUCUACAAAUGAGUUGCGCAGAGAGGCCCUGACUUUUGUGGAGGCCCAGAAAGAAAGCAAAUCGGCGGCUCGUAAUGGUUUCCUGUUGGCGUCCCCUGAACAGAGCAACCCCUUGGUUCGCUAUUUCGGCUUGACUCUUCUGGAUCACGUCUUGCGUCACACCUCCUUUGAAGCAUCGGAGCAGAUUGUCGCGCUCAGAGAUCUGGUUCUAAAGCUGGCGGAGUCGAUACGACCGGAAGAUCCCCCGUACAUACGCAACAAAAUCCCGCAAUUAUGGGCUGAAGUCGCCAAACGGAGCUGGGGCCUGGACUGGAACGAGAUGGACACGACUCUGGUCCAGUUCUGGGGUGCCAGUCUCGUGCACAAGGAAUUGGUCCUAUCGAUUCUCGAGACCCUCUCCGAGGACAUCUUUUACCGCGAGGACACGGUUUCUUCCCUGCGCGGAACGGACCUCAAUCGGGCCAUGGUGGAGGUAUGUACGCCCUUGGUGGUUUACGAGGAACUCAACCCAAAGAAGGAUGUUGUUGAGCUGCGCUGUGGACCUGAAGGCUGGCUCUCCCGCAUUUGUGUGUUCCUCCACGAUUGCAUAGGAAACAUCCAAAGCUCAAAGCAAGCAAAAGACUCGGCUCUCAAAGCUCUUGCCACCCUUAAGUCUGCCCUUGCUUGGUCAAUCCCGAAGGCCAUCCUCUCCUCAAACUGUGUCCCAUGCAUUGCCAGGGCCUUCACCUGCAGUGAUGAACAGGUGUUACUGGCUGCGGUUGAAGCACUACAUGCCUUAUAUAGCCGGUCUAAUCUGGAUCUGGAGGGCUUCGAUCAACUUGUCCACUUGAUGUAUGAAACGGAAUCUUUGAAUGUGCUCCAGAAGCUCUACGAGUGGUCAGUUGUCGGGCCUGAUGACGUCGAUGAUACGAGAUAUACGAUAUGCAAAAAGCUGUCUGAGGUAUGGGAUAUGCACUACCUUUCUGAGAUAUUGAUGCUCUCAUAUGUUGCAGGUUUCCUUGAGGAAAAGGCGUUUGCUUUGGAAACUGUGCAGGGCAUGAACCUUCAAUUUUUCUUCCACCUCACCCUCAGCGUUAUUCAAAACCAAAGCCUUACUAUUUCGAUCCCUGUUCUUCAUGUGUGGUCCAAAUUAAUCGCAUCCGAGAGAAUUGGCAAUACAGACUUGGUCACUGGCCUUGUGCCUUCGCUACUGGGUAUUUGUACCGAACGAUUGAUUCGUUGGGAGUCUUUCCCGACAGACUCGGAAAAUCCUACAGUUGCUUUCCUUAAUGAGGACAUUGACACUGUUCCGGAGCGGCAUGCCUUCGUGGGUAACUAUAGGCGAUACUGCUCUUCCACUAUCGAGACCAUCGUCCAAAAGAGGCCACAAGAAGCCAUUCCUCAUAUCCUAUCGGGAGUUGACGCUAACCUAGACAAUCUUUAUGCCGGAGUGGAACCCUUUAGCGUCAAAUCAUUUUCGAAAAACUCCAUACCAUUGAUGCGUGCUGAUACGCAGUUUGCCGUUGUGGAGGCCACCUUGAAGGGAUAUAAUAAAUGGGUGUCUGCGCAUGGAAAGAUGCCCCAGCAGGAUGAACAGAAGCGAAGUGACAUGGAGCAGAUCUUAGAAUCCUGGGCUUUCAAAUUGAUGCAGCGAAGCUUCGAGGAUCCGAUUCUUAAGCAACGAGUCAUUAAGCUUGUCGUGGAUAUAUCAUCAAGGGCUCUAGACAAAACCCCAAGCUUUGCGCUCAAAGCUCUGGAAUAUAUCCUCAUGACACGGCUACCUGACCAGUCAGAAUUCCCAGUAUACUCCGAGUCUGUCAAGGAACUCCACGGCCUGACCAGCCAUGAACUCCGGAGGCUUGCUAUGCGUUACGCUGACUACUUUGCUACUUUCUAUGACCUGCUUGAGCCUAAGAUCAAAGAGAUCAGCAUGGCUAACAGGGUGGAUGACAAGCUUCAGAUGGAAUUAACCUCGAUCCUCCUCAUUAUCAUGCAACGAGCAAACAAUGUGGAACCUUAUCUGCGCCAGUCCCGACUUGUGUCUUUCGUGGAACCCAUCAAACAAGCGUGGCAGGAAGACGAGUUCCGUAAUAUGAGUUCAACAUUUGAGGGCUUCUGCGUCAUGUUGGGAUUGCAGAGCGUCGGACCGUACAUGCAGGCACGACAGGCGCCGAAGCUUGUGGACUGGUCAUCGGUGCCUCUGGAUAGCGAGGGAAAGCUCAUUCAAGAAGAAAUGACAAGAAAAUUCCAGCAACUACCUUUGAGAGGCACCAAAACUAUGCUAGCAGUGUCCUCAGACAAGCUUAAAAAGACGGACCAAGCCUACGAACUUGCAUGCAAUGUCUGGCAUGAAAUCAUCCCCAUAAUAUUGCCAACACUGUUGCAGCUUGUCAGCAACGCCCAUGCCUUCCACAAUCCGGAGAAUUGGGGUGGCUUGCCUCAUGACAUGCGAGGAGUGGUCGAACGUAUUCUUACCGAUAGAUUCUGGCAAGCUGGCAUAUCCACUGGAAGUCGGGAUGACUUCUAUGCUAAGAUCACGGCCUCAAGAGCCUCGCUUGAGGGAUUUGCGUCCUCUGUAAGAGGAAAGAUCCGGGCUGUUCGGGAGUCCUGCUACUCCAUGUUGUUCAGCAUGAGUCGGCUACGUGAGCAUUUCUAUGGGUUUUCAGAGCUUCCAGGGCCCCUUUCCCAGGCUCUGUUCAAGGACUCUCCCCAUCUUUCCUCUCAUCAAUUCUCUGUCCUUCUUAACAUUUCGCGGUGCUUGAUCGAUGAUUGUCCCGUGCGCUUCCGCGGUCACUUCCUGCCUCCGAUGCUCGCCACACUGUUCACAAAUAUUGACAAGAAGGUAACGUCGGAGUGGGACGUCAUUGAACGUCAGAAAGAAGGCCUCGGGGGAGAGGACGACUUGGCGGACGAAAUGAAGUCGGAGAGUAUCUUGCGGCAAUUGACUUACUCGGCGGUGAUCUUCGUGGCAAGCCUUUUGGACCCGCAGCGAGGGGUGGAUCCCAGCGCUCCACAGGCAACACCCGCCCUUUCUGUCUCGAUCCGGCACUUUGUUCUCUCUUCGCCAGAGAUCUUUGAGCCUGUGAUGCUCUUCUGCACUCAUGCACUUCGUAUGCGCGAUACCCGGUGCUGUAGCAUCAUCACGCGUGUUAUUCGCUCCAUCCUGCAGGAUUUUGCUCCUCCCAACAAUACCCCAACCACAGUAACGAUACGCGAGUUCAUCUCUUCCGAAGUGUUGAAGGCCUGCAUCACGUCUGUGCACGAGCCUUACUUCGUCGAUAUGCAGAAGGAUCUCGCCCAGCUCAUCGCCUCCAUCUGGCUCCUCUACGGGUCAACCAGUCCGACCCCGCGGUCCGUGAUCCUCAGCCUUCCGGGCAUGAAUGAGCAGCGCGUUGCUAAUGCAGAAGCGGCCCUGAUUCGAUCCUCGGCUCCAAGGCAACAGCGCGCGUUGAUUCUGGAUCUCCUGGAGGGCCUGAGGGGUGUGAGCAUCGCCGAGCAAGGGAAGAUCUUGGGCUCUCGGGAAGAACGCCGAAAAGCCCGGAGCGCGCUGCAAGAGAGGUACAUGAGUACCAGUGAGAUGGAGGGCCAGCAGAAUCAUAAAGUCGAUAUCAACGAUGGCCCGGACCUUGCCGGCGUCGCAGACCUGUUCGGCUAGGUCAUUCCACUACAUGGCCUGCUUUGCUUUUGUAUAGUAUGGUGGCUUGAUAUCGUUCCUUUGCCCCUACGUCAUAGCCACCUUUGCGGUUUUGGGAUUCUCGCAUAUAAAGCACAUAGACACAUACGGAGAAAUGCAGCCACACAGCCUAGCUAAUGUAAGCAGCGGUUGAUAGACACACUCUUGGCAGGAAAAGAAA